AUGGGACAGACUGUGACGACACCUUUGAGUUUGACUCUGGACCAUUGGAAGGACGUACGGACGAUCGCCCACAACCUUUCGGUGGAAGUCCGAAAGGGAAAGUGGGAAACCUUCUGUUCAUCUGAAUGGCCCACCUUCGGUGAAAACAAUAACCCCUCAUUUUCUAAAGAUCCCUCCAAAUUAACAGCCUUAAUUGAGUCUAUUUUAGUGACCCAUCAGCCCACUUGGGAUGACUGCCAGCAACUCCUCCAGGUGCUCCUGACCACAGAGGAGAAACAGCGGGUGAUUUUAGAGGCCCGCAAAAAUGUGUUGGGGGCGAACGGACAGCCUACACAACUGCCGAAUGAGAUUAAUAGUGCUUUUCCCCUAGAAAGACCGGAUUGGGACUUCGCCACGGAGGAGGGUAAGAACCACCUACGACUCUAUCGCCAGUUGCUUAUGGCGGGUCUCCAUGGGGCAGCAAGGCGCCCUACUAAUUUGGCACAGGUUAAGUUAGUCACACAAAAGUCAGAAGAGACUCCCUCUGCCUUUUUAGAAAGACUAAAAGAGGCUUUCCGGGUUUAUACCCCAUAUGACCCGGAAGACCCCACUCAGGCCACUAACCUGGCCAUGUCCUUUAUUUGGCAGUCGGCUCCAGACAUUAGAAAGAAAUUAGAAAGGUUAGAAGGAUUACGUGAAAGUUCUCUGCAAGACCUGCUGAAAGAAGCCGAGAAGAUUUUCAAUAAGAGAGAGACUCCAGAAGAAAGAGAUGAGAGGCUCAGAAAGGAAUCAGAGGAGAGGGAGAAUGCUAGAGACAGGAAGAGGAAUAGGGAGAUCAGUAAGAUUUUGGCCACCGUAGUGACAGGGCAGCGACAGGACAGACAGGACCAGGGAAGACGCCGGGGGCCCCGUCUGGAUAAAGACCAAUGUGCCUAUUGCAAGGAAAAAGGACAUUGGGCCCGAGAGUGCCCCAAGAACCCGAAGAGUAGACAGGCAGAACCUCGGACCUCCCUGUUAAACCUGAAUGAUGACUAGGGUAGUCAGGGUCAGGAGCCCCCUGAACCCAGGAUAACCCUCACCGUGGGGGGGCAGCCCGUCACCUUUUUGGUGGACACCGGGGCUCAGCACUCGGUCCUGACCACCCAACCGGGCCCGCUCUCGAACAAAUGCGCCUGGGUACAGGGAGCCACUGGAGGAAAGAGGUAUCGAUGGACAAUAGAGCGGCAAGUAAAUUUGGCAUCCGGUAAGGUGACUCAUUCUUUUCUACAUGUUCCUGAUUGCCCCUAUCCGUUAUUAGGAAGGGAUCUUCUGACUAAGUUAAAAGCACAGAUUUAUUUUGAUGGCCCCAGGGCUCGAGUAACCGGACCUCAGGGGAGGCCCCUCCAUGUGUUAGUCCUGAAUCUCGAGGAGGAAUACCGGCUCCAUGAAAAUGACAGACAGACCCCAGCCUCAGAUGAGUGGCUCCAAAGGUUCCCAUUGACAUGGGCGGAGACAGGAGGAAUGGGUCUGGCGCUGCGCCAGACCCCUCUGGUGAUUCAACUUAAGGCCACUGCCUCUCCGGUCUCAGUCAAACAAUACCCCAUGUCACAGGAAGCCUACCAGGGAAUUAGACCCCAUAUAAAGAGACUUCUAGAUCAAGGAAUAUUGGUGCCCUGCCAGUCCCCCUGGAAUACUCCUCUUCUCCCGGUUAAGAAGCCGGGCACUGGAGAUUACCGCCCAGUGCAGGACUUGCGUGAGGUUAAUAAACGGGUAGAAGACAUACACCCGACUGUCCCUAAUCCUUAUAACUUGUUGACCGGGUUAUCACCCACUCACCUCUGGUAUACGGUGUUGGAUUUGAAAGAUGCAUUCUUCUGCUUGAGGUUGCACCCAGAGAGCCAGCUGAUAUUCGCCUUUGAAUGGAGGGAUGCUGACCUGGAAAUUUCGGGACAACUGACCUGGACUAGGCUCCCUCAGGGGUUUAAAAAUAGCCCUACCUUGUUUGAUGAGGCAUUGCAUCGGGACCUGGUCGAUUUCAGGGUACAAUACCCUGAACUAAUCCUCUUGCAGUAUGUAGAUGAUUUACUACUAGCCUCAGAGACUGAGCAAGGCUGUCAAAAAGGAACAGCCGCCUUGUUAGAGACUCUUGGCGAGCGGGGUUACCGAGCCUCCGCCAAAAAGGCCCAAAUCUGUCAGCAACAAGUGACUUACCUGGGGUACCAGAUUAAAGAUGGACAGAGGUGGCUGACAGAGGCUAGAAAACAGACUAUUCUCCAGAUUCCUGCACCCAAGAGUCCCAGACAGCUUCGGGAGUUCCUAGGCACCGCAGGCUUCUGUCGCCUCUGGAUCCCAGGGUUCGCUGAGAUGGCUGCCCCUUUAUACCCUCUGACAAAGCAGGGAGUUUUGUUUGCCUGGACUGAAGAGCAGCAACAAGCCUUUGAUACCAUAAAGAAGGCUUUGUUGUCGGCCCCCGCACUUGGGUUACCGGAUUUGACCAAACCCUUCGAGCUGUUUGUAGAUGAAAAGAAAGGGUUCGCUAAAGGAGUGCUGACCCAGCGGCUUGGGCCUUGGAAACGGCCGAUAGCCUACCUAUCGAAAAAGUUAGACCCUGUUGCUUCGGGCUGGCCACCUUGCCUACGAAUGGUGGCAGCCAUUGCCGUCCUUGUCAAAGACUCAGGUAAACUCACGAUGGGACAGCCAAUCACGAUCUUGGCACCUCAUGCGGUAGAGGCCCUGGUUAAGCAGCCCCCAGACAGGUGGCUCUCAAAUGCCCGAAUGACCCACUACCAGGCUCUGCUACUGGACACAGAUCGAAUUCAGUUCGGCCCCAUUGUGACUUUAAACCCGGCCUCUCUGCUUCCCCUUCCGGGGAAGCCAGAAGGACAUGACUGUCUUCAGAUUCUUGCAGAGGCCCACGGGACCAGGCCCGAUCUGACUGAUCAGCCCAUUCCAGGGGCAGACCAUACCUGGUAUACGGACGGGAGCAGCUUCGUCUUAAAUGGAGAACGGAGAGCAGGAGCUGCAGUCACUACAACGGCAGACGUCAUCUGGGCCACCGCCCUCCCACCAGGUACCUCAGCCCAGAGAGCCGAGCUUAUUGCCUUGACCAAAGCGCUCCAACUGGCAAAAGGUAAAAAGCUAAAUGUUUACACCGACAGCCGCUACGCCUUUGCCACCGCCCACAUUCACGGGGAGAUAUAUCGUCGGAGGGGUCUCCUCACAUCAGAGGGGAAAGAAAUUAAGAACAAGGGAGAAAUAUUAGCCCUCCUACGAGCCUUGUUCCUCCCACAACAGCUCAGCAUCAUGCAUUGCCCCGGACACCAGACAGAAGAUAGCCCUGAGGCAAAGGGAAAUAGAAUGGCUGACCAAACCACCCGGUCAGCGGCGAUGGGACUGACGCCCCCUAUCUCUGCCAUUGCCAAAGAGCCAUUAGAGGGCGAAGAUUGGGUGUACACUGAAAAAGACUUAGAAAUGCUAAAGAAAAUGGGGGCUUUCCCUGUGGGCAAGCGAUGGCUGGUGGGUGAUAUGGCAGUGCCCUGCAAGGAAACAGCUUACUUGAUUGACUUUCUUCAUAAAAUGACUCAUUUAAAGAUGAAAACUUUGCUGGAGAGAGAGGAGACUGGGUUGUUCCUGCUAGGUAAGAAACAGGCGCUCCAAGAUGCUACAGCUUCCUGCCGAGCUUGCGCCAUGGUCAACCUCAGCAAAUCAACGGCUAACCCCGGAGUGCGGCCGAGAGGACACCGGCCAGGGACUCAUUGGGAGGUAGACUUCACAGAAAUAAAACCUGGCAUGUAUGGGUAUAAAUACCUACUAGUCUUCGUGGACUUUUCGGGAUGGGUAGAGGCCUACCCCACUAAACAUGAAACUGCCAAGAUUGACCUAGAAGAAAUCUUCCCCAGGUACGGUAUGCCCCAGGUUGUGGGGUCCGAUAAUGGGCCCACCUUCAUCUCCCAGGUAAGUCAGCAGGUGGCCACAUUAUUGGGGAUUAAUUGGAAGCUUCAUUGUGCCUACAGGCCCCAAAGUUCAGGUCAGGUAGAGCGAAUGAAUAGAACCAUUAAGGAGACUUUAACCAAAUUAACGCUUGCAACUGGCACUAGAGACUGGGUGACCCUCCUCCCCCUGGCUCACUACCCUGAUCUCCACCAUUAUGGGACCCCUCAUAGUCAUCAUCCUAAUACUGCUCUUCGGGCCUUGCAUAUUAAACCGAUUGGUCCAAUUUCUUCUCCCACUGAGCGCGACGGGGCGCAGAUCGCUGCCCCACUUCUGACUCUGGACGAGUGUGAGGCACUGGAAUGCCACCUCCUGGAGAAGCAGGCCAAGCUUCAUUGGGGCGUGCCAGCCGUCUUCCCGAGAAAGCGGUGCCCUCAGAGCCGCCUGCCGUGCGAACUGUGUGUUAAAACCAAGACUGUGAAAACCUUCUGGCCAAGGAAGGCCUUCUCGCAUCCCAGCAGGGAAUUCUUCUUCCCUGAGCAUGCGCGCAGGCUGCUGGAGUUCCAUCUCCAGAAGCAGCUGAUUCACCUUCGCUGGGGACUGCCCCAGAAGAUCCAGCGCUCCAUCCACUUGCUCCUCUCCUCUACAGAGCAGCAGCCCCUGUCCUGCAGCAGCAGGGCGCUGCCCAGUGUGAGCAUCCCAGGGGACCCGAAGGCUGAUGGGUCUGGUGACACGUUCUCACCCACAGUGGGCAGCAGGUCAAUCCUCCCACCGCACUUGUUUGCCCAGGCCAGGGCAGUGCUGAAGCACCACAUUGAUUCCAAAUGUGACCAAAUCCUGAAGGGCAAGGUCCCAGCCUGUGUCCAAAGCUCCUGGGAAGGCAAACUUACUGGGAGUUUGCCAGCAAUGGCUCCCUCCUCUUGCAUUCCACCAGGCCAAAGCCUGAAGUCACAGACAGAAAACACCCCUGACCUACGGCGCAAAGUUGUUUCCUGGAAACCAACGGCCCACAUCCAGGAGAAGCGAGCCUUAUCGGGCGCCCUCGUUGAACACUGUAAGCGUCCCCAAGCCUUGCCUGAGGAAACCAUUAAGAAACUGGAGACAACUCUACGGCAUAAGUAUCUGGCCUUCCUGUCAGGCCUGCCUGCCCUUUACUGUGUGGCUCUCUCUAGGCCCACGUCCCCAGCAGUCACUACCCAACCUCGAAUCUCAGAAAUGAUGUCCAGGCCUGUCAAACGACCACCAGAGGCUCCGACUCAAACUGCUGCACUUAAAAGCGGGCUUGAGCCCUGCACUCAAGGUGACAGCAAGGCUUCUGCGGAGACUGCUGAAGAGUCGCAUCCGCAGUGGGAAGCGCAGGUGGAAGGAGAGUCAGAGAGCCAGCCUCGCCCAGAGAGCCCCAGCUCGCUAAAGGCACAGACCAUGGCAAAACUGAAUUUCUACCUGAAAAAAAAGAUCCUAGCAAUGCAAUUUGGAGUUUCUGGAAAGGAAACGGAGUACAAAGAGCUAAACGUAGAGGAGAGUGAAUCCACACAGGAAUUUCUCGGGAGUCUAAGCAUCUCAGAAAGCCCGGUGCUGCAACAACAGCCCAUCGCGUGUGACUCUCCUCCAGCCCCACAGGCAAACAGUGUCCACCUUAAAAGACAGCAGGCUGCUGCAGCGCAGGCUGCAUACAAGGAGCCAAAACAACCCAGUCCCCAAGCCGCGCCCCAUGGUUCUGCCCAGGGUGCCUCCAAGGCCUCACAAUUCAGCAGGAAUAUGAUCAAAGCCCAAGUGCCCAAUGUUCAGAUGGGGACCACUGGGGAAAAGCCCAGCCCAAAGGACCCCUUUAGCACUGAGCUCCAAAGCCCUGGCAAGAGCCUGUACUCAGCCCUUGUGCCCACACGGACAGAAAAGAGGGAAGAGCCAAGGAAACCCAAGGCAGUGGGAAACCUUGGAGAAGGGGUCGCAGGUCUUGGGCUUUUCCCAGGCAGUGAGAAAACACACCAGGAUGGAGAUCGGAAAAAGCACAGGAUGACCCAAGCCUCUGCACAACACGGCCACAGCUCUCAUCUGAUGGACACCUACCGUCCCAGCCCCCGGGGCUCCCCUGAGCUUGGGUUCCCAGAUCCACCUCCAGAAGUUCUGAUGGAGGCCAAAUCUAAGCACGGCGGCAUGCAAGUCGGUCAAACAUUUAGGAGGCGGCAGCAGGAUGAGGAGUUCUUCAAAGGCAGCCUGGACGCCAGCCAGGACGAGGCCAAGGUUGACUUGAGCCCUGCAGGGAGACACCGGCUCAAGGACAGCCACCGGACAGCCACCGGAUGA